AUGAACGUCAUUUGCUCUAUAUGUAGUGAUCAAUUGAUGCAGUCUGAUGAUAUUUUCUAUACAAAAUGUGGACACGUGUUUCAUUUGCAUUGUUUAACGCCAUGGUUGGAAAGGUCAAAAAGCUGUCCACAAUGCAGAGAAAAAGUUACACAGAAUAAAAUACAUAGACUUUAUUUCACAUUCUCAAACAAUGAGCUAGUUGAAUCUCAAGGUUCGACAUUGCAAGAAAAAGUAGACAGAUUAAAAUUUCAAAUUUUAUUAAAAGAAAAGGAUAUUCAAUAUCAUUCCUCAAAAAAUGUUACUUUAGAAAAACAAAAUGCUGGUUUGAAGCAAGAAGUUCGAAAAUUAGAGAGUGAAAUGAACAAAAAAAAUGCAGCAAUACAUGCUUUGAAGGAGCAAAUAAAUUAUUUCAAAGAACAGAGUUCUCACUGUGAUAAUUUAAAAAGAGAGAUUAAUCAAUUAAAAAAUAAGAUUGAAGAUCUUAGGCCGGAAUUAAUUGAAAGAUUUAAUAAAUGUAAACAAUUACGCAUGAGUGUUAAGAAGCUCCAAGAAGAACUUUCUAAAGUUAAUACAAAAUCACCAUUAGAACAAUCAAAACGAAUGGAUUUAGAAGAGAAGCUAGCAUUUUCAGAAAGUAAAAAUAUGGCAUUACAAAAAAGAGUUGAUGAAUUAGAAGAGAUACUUGGCAUUAAUGAAAAAAGUAAUAGUGAAUUAGAAGUUCAAACAGCAGAAGAUGAAGAUAACAUUUGCAAAGAUAGUUCGACUGAAAAAACAUCCAAAAAAUAUGAUCAAGAUACCUCAAGUAAAAAUUCUAUAUUAAAUUGUACAACUAAACAGAAAACUGAAAAGAUAUGCAAUAUUAAAAGUGUACAAGAAAAAAUAGAGACAAAUAAUUGUCAAAUAGAAAAUAAUACAAGAGAUUUAGAAAUAGAUUUAUUAAAUUGUAGCUCUUCCAAAAAUUCUUCAAUAGAAUGUAAAAGAUUAAAAUUGUUAGAUGAUACAAUCACUUCACAUAGAAGUGAUAACGAUAAAUCCUCAAAUAGUUAUAUGUCAAAAAAAAGAAGGAAAAAUAAUACUAAAAGAAAAAUAUCUGAUAUUGAAAACAAACAUGAUAAUCAUGUGAUUGAUCUAACUUAAAAAGUUCCUAUAAAUAUUAUAUACUAUUUCUUUUAUAUAAAUCAUUAUUUAUAUUUUAGAAGUAUAUAUAG